AUGCCAUAUGUCUUACACCAUUCAAAUCACGAUCGCGCCUAUACAGGUGAUUGCAAAUUAGUAUGGCAACAACCAGCCGAAGAAACAGCAGCAGCAGCAGCCAUGCAAAACGAAAAGAGCCCAGCAGUAGCACGAUUGUCGAGAUUGUCACAAAUUGGAAACCAGCAAGAAUUAGGUGAAAACUGGUCGAUGAAGCGAGAUGGGCAUGAAGGACACAUGUUGAAGCAACCGUUACUUCGUUUCGAUAUCCUAUGGAAAAAAUUCGCUGGAUGGAAGAGGUUCAACCGUGAAUAG